CAAAAAAGUCAAUCCCGAAAAUUUGGUUUUUUCUUGGCUUUUCCCCAAAUCUCGCAACGUUCCAGUGUCUCUGGCUUCACACCACCUUUUUCCGAAUUCGCUUGCUUUUCCCCCAUCGAAAUCUUUGCAGAACGAGAGAGGGACGCGCUUCGUUCCGGGUUGGGUGCUGACCAUGCCGAGAUUUCACGGGCAGAGCAACCACGCGCCUGUGGACAUCGUGAACCAGCUUCAGAAGCAGUACGUCGAUUACUUGAGUUCUCUUUUCCACGAGGGAGUUUUGGACGACCAGUUCACGCAGCUGCAGAAGCUGCAGGAUGAGAGCAACCCAGAUUUCACUGUUGAAGUGGCGACUCUCUUCUUCGUGGAUUCGGACAAACUAAUAAACAAUAUGGCCGCGGCUCUAGAAAGAUCACCUGUUGAUUUUAAACAAGUAGAUGCUGAUGUUCACCAGCUUAAGGGCAGUAGUUCCAGCAUAGGUGCGAUGAGGGUGAAAAAUUUGUGCAUUACCUUCAGAAGUUUCUGUGAGACGCAGAGUUAUGAAGGGUGCUUGAUAUGUCUUCAGCAGGUGAAAAAUGAAUGUGCUGUGUUGAAGGACAAGCUUCAAAAUCUAUUCAGGAUGGAGCAGCAGAUUGUGGGAGCUGGUGGUUCGGUUCCUCUGAUGGAUUGACCUAUUGCCGGGUUCUUUCUUGAAGGAAAAAAAGAGAAAGGGGGAGAGAGAAGGGGGGGAGGGAAUGGAGAUUGGAGAGUACAAUUGAGGCUGAUGAUGGGUAGUUCUCUUUGUAGUUCAUAUGUGGGCUCAUUUCAUGGUAUGAACCAUUUCUUUGGGUGUGCUUAUUGAUGUUGCUGGAGGCAUAGGUGUUGCAGAUAUUGCUAAUAAGUAUCUAUAACAUUUCUGCUGGUGUCAUGUUGUUUCUAUGUCGCUUCUUACAUCUUCUCUUUGGUGUGAAACGUGCACAGUAUUCUUGUGCACAACCAAUUAUCUCCUGAUUGUUACUGCACAUCCUAGUGCACAUUUUGCCAUAUAUAUAUGACGGACAGUUACUGAUUGUUACUGGACAUAUGAAGUUCUUUCAUGUUCAA